UUGUCGGCGCUGGGCUGGAGCACGGUCGGUGGGAGAGCCCGGGGAGCGGCGCCGCCGUCCACAGCCACACCGAGCGAGGGACCGCCACCGCCACCGCCACCCUUGGGCUGUGCGAGCGCCGCCGGCAUCUUGCACCGGGCUUUGAGCAUUGGAGACACUGCCUUUUUCUUUUGCGCAGGUCCCCGUUGUAGAGGAUGGUGAAUUGAUUGUGUGAUUCUCCUCAAGUUUGUAGAAUAAAUGAUAGAAGACACAAUGACUCUGUUGUCUCUUUUAGGCCGCAUCAUGCGUUAUUUUCUUCUGAGACCGGAAACUUUAUUUCUAUUGUGCAUCAGCUUGGCUCUUUGGAGUUAUUUCUUUCACACAGAUGAAGUGAAGACCAUAGUGAAAUCGAGCCAGAAUGCGGUGAAAAUGAUGAAAGGGAAAGUGGUGGAAAUCAUUCAGAAUGAUCGGUUCGGGGGUUUGGACGUUCUAGAGGCAGAAUUUUCCAAAACCUGGGAAUACAAGAGCAACAAUGUGGCCGUUUAUUCCAUCCAAGGCAGAAGAGAUCACAUGGAGGAUCGAUUUGAAGUCCUUACUGAUCUGGUCAAUAAAAGUCAUCCUUCUAUUUUCGGGAUAUUUGAUGGACACGGGGGAGAGUCUGCUGCCGAAUAUGUGAAGAUACACUUGCCUGAAGCUCUGAAACAACAUUUGCAAGACUACGAGAAAGAUAAGGAGAACAGUGUAUUGUCACACCAAACAAUUCUGGAACAGCAGAUUCUCGCAAUUGAUCGCAAAGUGCUUGAAAAACUUUCUGCAGCCUAUGAUGAAGCAGGUACAACAUGUCUGGUUGCAUUGCUAUCAGACAAAGAGCUAACCGUUGCAAAUGUUGGGGAUUCUCGUGGUGUGUUGUGUGAUAAAGACGGAAAUGCUGUUCCUCUUUCACAUGACCACAAACCUUAUCAGUUGAAGGAAAGGAAGAGGAUAAAACGAGCAGGUGGAUUCAUAAGUUUCAAUGGUUCAUGGAGGGUCCAAGGAAUCUUGGCUAUGUCUCGCUCCCUAGGAGAUUACCCUCUUAAGAAUCUCAAUGUUGUAAUAUCCGACCCUGACAUCCUGUCCUUUGACCUGGAUAAACUGCAGCCACAAUUCAUGAUCCUAGCGUCGGAUGGCCUCUGGGAUGCUUUCAGCAAUGAAGAAGCAGUGAGAUUCAUUAAAGAGCGCCUUGAUGAGCCUCACUUUGGUGCAAAGAGUAUUGUUCUGCAGUCUUUCUACAGAGGGUGUCCUGACAACAUAACUGUAAUGGUGGUGAAAUUCAGGAACAACAGCAAGAUUGAAGACCAAUGAAUGACACUGAGCACAUGAGGACAAGUUCUUAACAUAAUGCUGUGCAAAUUUUAGCAAUGUGUGUGAUAGUAAUAGUAAUGGUUAUGAUAUUCACAUUUGAAUGGUCAAUGCUAGACAGCUUGUAGAAGUGGACAAACCACAUAGCUGCACAUUCAUUUUAACCAGUUGAGGUCAAAAGCCACCCUUUUUAAUCUAUGAUCAUUUUCAAAUCUCUUAUAAUAUUUCUAAUAUAAAUAAUACAUUAUACCGUGCAAAAUUUAUGCUACAAUGCUAAACUAAUUGCGAUCAACUGUUUUAUAAAGAAUAAUCAACUUAAGCAAUAAAGCAAAAAUCAAUUAACAUUCAGGAACCCUGUUACUGAUCCAAUGACUUAUGCAAUCGGUAGAACAACUACUGAACAACUAUGGAAUAAAAAGCUGAAUAAAAAUCAUCAUGACAGAAAGGGGAUUCUUUUAACAUACUAAAAGAGUAAAUCUAUUGUAGCUCCAUAGUUAUUUUACAAUAGCAGCAUAAAUUUGUAGCACAUAAAGUUUAGGAAAUAAGCAUGUGACAAAUAUUUAGUUGAUACACCUGCCCUUCUUGUUAGCUCUUUCCUGCCAUACACCAAAAGCUAAAGACUUCUUUUUCUAGAUAAGAUAGUAUGGAUGUACAACUUAAAAACUCUAUAUAACCUUUCUUAUCACUGAUCUACGAGCAGCUAACAAAGCUCGGUUGCUGCACAGUAAGAGGGUGUGCACACAUUUUUUUCCAGCCAAUCUUUUGGUUAUAUCGGGCUCCCAGAUGCUAUGCUUCAGAAGCCACAGGGAUCAUGCUGACUUGAAGUCAACGUAGACAAGAUCUGGAGAAAGGCUGCAGCUUGCAGUAAAUCUGAUACUAUUCGAAGAUAGAAUUAGCUACCAUGCAGUAUGUACCCUGUUUCAAUUUACACCAUAAAUAUUUUAAGUGGCGCACUCUAUUGUAUUCUGCAUGCCUGGUCUUCUAUGCUGCAACCAGUUUCAUAAAAUUACUUACUUCUCUGGAUAACUCAAGCAUAUUUUGCAACCUUGUUUGUAAUUGACAUGGUUUGAUGAAAUAUCAAGACCUUUCAAUAUGGUUGUGCGAACAAGUUUGCUGAUUGAGUGGUCAGUGAAAGGCUUCUCAAUUCCUCUUGUUCGCACAUAAGCUAUACUUCAGGUAAACCCUUCCCCAUGUCAUAAUUGCAUUUUUAUGACAACAAAUUCUUCCCAGCAUUGUAGAUGGAGCUCUGGGCUUUGUGAAGAACACCACUUCACAGUCCGUUUGUAGACAAUGACAACAGAGAUUCAGACUUAGAUUAUCUGUUUUUCUAUUGAGGCUAAUGGGAUCCUCUAUUUUGCAUCAAAUCUUAUAGAUCAUUCAUGUUGUGACUAAAUAGUUAGCAAAGCCCAAGGGACAACCCCCUGGAAAGGAUUUGCAUUCCACAUGUGUCAAAUGCUGUACUCCAAAGAUUGAAAAUCUGAACUAAACAUGCAAAAUGCUGACAAAACUCAAGUUAGGAAGAGAGCAUCAAAGAGAAAUAUAGUGUUCACAAUUCUGACCAAUACCUUUUCAAUACAAUGAACAAAAUAAUUCUAAAUAAAAAAAAUGUUUUCAGUUACAUUGAAGGAGGGGAAGGUCAGAGAGAACAUGGGCAAGGUCUGUGAUAGGGUGGAUGCCAUAACAGAUUAAAUUACUUAAACAAUAAUGGUGCUACCUACAUGAAAGUGUGUCUGGAGGAGGUAAAGUGACCAAUAAACUACCCGAAGAAUGGAAAUGACAGGUCACUAAAAUCUGAUGUCACCUCCACAUAUGCCUUCCCCUCCCCAAAUGUUAAGUCUCCAUCUCUGUGCUUCUCUUCCACCUCCACAGGACCCAGACUCUUCUCACAGCACUUCCCAUUACACAACUUGAACACCUUUCCUUUUCCCUUCUCCCUUCUCAUAAUCCAGGGACCAAAUGACAAAACACUUUUUUACAGUGGUGUAUUCAAACUUACUGGACAAUUGUCUUGGAGAACACCUCUGUUCAGCCCACAAGAGUGACCCAGAGUUUUCUAUUGCCUGUAUCAUUAACUCUCGAUCCCACUCUGACUUUGUUGUCUUUGGUUUACUGUAAUAUACCAUCAAAUUUCAAUACAUUCUCAUGGAUAAGCACCUCUUCUUCUGACCUGAUACAUUACAAACUUUUUGACCUAAUAUUGAAUUCAACAGUUUCAGCUUUUCACCAUUCCAGUCUUGUAUCUUCUAUUUCCAGUACUUUUUUUUCCCUCCCCUUUCUCCUAUAAUGAUGGUUCAAACUUCAUUCAUCUUCUCCAGGUGUAACUUACCACUCCCUUUAAGUCUGCAAUAUUUAUAAUGAUGACUCAACAUGGUCACUAACAAUUGCCCUUUUGCUCUUACUGCCUCUCCUACCUUUCUGUGCAACUUAAAACUUGUUUCAUUUUAACACUUCCCUGUUUAAAGCCUGUCGAGCUAAAAUGUUGGUUCCUUUUUCCUCUCUGCAUAGGCUGCCUGGACCCACUGAGCAUUUCUAACAUUUUCUGUAUUUCUGUUAAAUAUAGUACUAUAUUAAAGAAUCCUUCAGAUACUAAACAAGUUCAAUUUGAUAAUUUGAACCACUCAAAGAUAUUUAAAAUGCAAAAAGCAAGUGAAAUUAAAUCACAGAUUUUAUCACAGUACUAAACCCAUUAUUUUGUUGUUUUAAAUGUUACGUAAACUCCUCAUUGUUGCAUAUGAACCAUGUACAUUUGGCAAAAGAGACAAGUUGCACCUAGAGUUAAUUUUCAUGAAUUGCACCUAUGUUAUUAAGUGUUCUACUGAUUCAUAAUAAUGAGGGGUGCACUGUUCGUUAUCAUCUCAAGACAUCAUGGUCUGUUAGUUAUAUAAGCUUAUGUUUAUAGACCCAAUGACAAAAGAGAAUCUAUGUAAAGUAAUCAAGAUUGGAAGUGUAUGAUCUGGAAACAACAGCAAAUUAUUACAUAAAAAAAUCACAAAAUUGUAUGAAAUUUUACAGUGGUGUCAUAGAAUAAUCUCCUGGUUUAUUUUUUAAGUAUUCUUAGUUGAUAUUUAAUGUAAUCAAAGACAGAACUCUAAAAAGGAUGGAUAGCAAGUAGAUCUGGCCAGCUUUGCCCAUAGACUUUGAUUAAUGAAAGUAAAACUUUGAGUGUAAGAUGCAGCAAUGUGGUGUUCUUGGUGCUCUACGGCCCAGAUUAGAUCAAUUUGCAGGUGUGAUUUGCAAACUUUCAUAUGUAACCGGUUGAUAAUUCUUAAAUUAACAGACUUUCAUCUUACAAAUCAGAACUCCUCUAAAAUAUAAAACAUUUUGCUAAUUAAGAAAAUCUUCUAAAUAGCAUUCCUUCCCUGAUAAAGAGAUGUGAGUAAGUAGAUAUGAUUAAAAAGCUGGAAAAAAUUCCAUUGUCCAUUAUCUCUGACCAUUCUUAUGUCAUUAAAAUCAUUAACAGAGUAAGCUUAAUUUAUUGUAGACUUAAUCAUAGUGAAAAUGCCACAUCCUGUGCCCCCGAAUACUAUUGCAAACAUGACUACUUCACCAAGGCUCAGAUUAGGUUUAAGUGAGGAUCAUGAAUAAAGGCCAUGAGUUUCCUCUUGUCCAAAGCCAGGGACAUUUCCCUAAAUCCGGGAAUGAAAUAAACUGCAAGACUAGCCUAAGCCACCAAUAUCUGUAAGGCAUGUUUGCACAGCUAUCUGUUUGAUCCCUCCAGCAUAAAUUAUAUUUAGUAAAGUUAUGAGGAUUGUUGAAAACCCCAGUGGCCUUCACAAGAGAGUCAAAACUCAGGUGUGUUGUGUUAUGGCCAUGCACUCUGACCCGCCUGCUUUCUCUUUCAGUACUCCUCCCUGGAAAUGCAUCAGCAGUAAAUAACUAAGCUGUUUUUCUGCACUGUUUCUCAUUGUUUCUGAGCCAACAGUAUUUAGUUAACAACCCAUUCUGUGCAUUUCUGAAUGAUAUGAUGGAAGUUGUGCUUUCCAUGAAUUGAUGCCAUAUUGUGUCGAUAAAUAUAAAGGACAUGAGGAUGAGGCAAGUUUUAAAAUAGCUAUAAUGAAUUGCAAUUUUCCUAAUUUAUUUAACUGUGAAAUAUGAUGCCAGCAUAACACUUUUUUAAAAGUUAUGUUUUAAUUCAAAACACUUCAUAAUCUUAUAAAUUAGCUCAAUGUAAGAAAGGAAAAACUACUUCAUAAAGCAAACAUGUUCAGUAUCAACUAAAAUACAUCAGUGUAAUUCCAUGAAAUAAUAGUAUCCAAAUUCUGGACAGGCACAGUCCAGGUCUUCAUUUAUUUCCACUGAUGAUUUUUUUAAAUUUCCUAUUUUAUUCACCAUUCAAUACUUAUUUGUACAGUAUUUACUAACUCCAGCUAUGGGGCUUAGGGCAAAUUUGGUUAAGGCGUACAACAAUUCACGCUUUAGGUUCUGAAGACCUGCAUGGCUCUACAUUUGUCUCCAGGAGACAGCACACUGAAAUGAAUCCAACUAGGUGUAUUGGAUGUAAAUAAACCAUACUGUCUUAGUUACAUAAUGGGCAUCAAGGUAUCAUGCUUUGUAUGCCAAAAAAUGUACAGUUCAUAAUUCCAGGACAUUAAUUAUACUACUAAAGCUAGUGGCUAAAUAGAACUGGUUAAAUAAGUAUGUAUAUACACUAACUAUAUGUAAAUCACUGUGAUGAUCAGCAUCAGAAAGUGUCAAACUACUGAAAAUGUGGGCAAGCAGCUGUGUUGUGUAAACAAUAAAAUAAAAAUAUGAAUUUGUAAAUGUGAGCUGAAUGAAUUUUGAUUUCAUAAAAAAUAAAUUGGAGCCAAAAAUUGA